AUGUCAAACUUGUUUUCAGGAAUAAGUGGCCGCUUUCGUGGUAGUGGUAAGAGUUCUGGCGCAAAGAGUCCGGGUGGACUUAACGGAGUUUCGCCAACCUCUCCUACAGGCAAUUCCCCCGUCAAUUCUUCGUCACCCGCCAAUAUGGCACCCCGCAUCUCGCCACUCCCCAACUCGCCUUCGCUCUCACAAACCAUGUCCGUGGAUGAUCAGCAAGCCCCCCCUGCAGGCAAUGAUCCACUAGCCGCCUACAACCUUCCUCGCCCAAAGCCACUCUGGCUUAAUAAUGCUUAUGCUAAGCACAUUGUUAAGGGUAAUUUUAUGACAUUGUCUGCUCGCCCAAAGACAGUUGAGCCUGGAGAGUGGAUUGCCCAUCAAGUGGUUGAACAUUAUCGUAUCUUGUGGAACUUUGUUCGGGUAAUUCAUGAAAAGGAAGAAGAUGGUAACACCAUUUGUAACCCCCAGACUUGCCCCCGCAUGUCUGCCGGCGCAAACCACUCUUUCACAUGGUUGAACUCACGUAGAGAGCCUGUCGAAGUACCGGCCCACGAGUACAUCUCCCUCAUGCAGCGCUGGAUCUCUGGAAAGAUCGAUAACACCGCUAUUUUCCCCACCGAUCCUGCCGGAAUCUCAUACUGUCACAACAGUGCCGGUCCUGAAAUUGCUGGCUCAACUUACGCUUCUGGUGGAGUCAACACACCUGGUUCAAACACACCCAUUCCUGCUGGCCCAACCACACUCACAACCUCUCUCUCUCAACUCGCCGGAGCUGGUGAUUGGAUCGGUAAGAGCAGUGGAUUUCCACAAGAAUUUGUUGAUGUAUGCCAAACCAUCUUUAGACAAAUGUUUCGAGUAUAUGCUCAUCUCUACUGGGGACACUUCAUUGAGCCUUUCUACCAUCUUAACCUCGACAAGCACAUGAAUAGUUGCUUUAGUCACUUUGUUUUGACAGCAACCGAGAUUGACAUGUUGAAGCCACAUGAAUUGGAGCCCAUGCAACCAUUGAUUGACCUCUGGGCUGCCAAUGGAACAUUUCCACCUGAGUCUAAGGCUUACGCUUGUGCAAAUCUUAAGGCUGGAGAGAGACUUCUUCAAGCUGCUGGUUAA